AUGUACAACUCACAAGCACCACGCCCCCAAGCCGAAAAACACAUAUACCUUACAACAGUAACCAUGAAUUGUGCUCCCUCCACCACGAACUACCCACAGACUACUAGUCCUGUCGUCCCUAGUCAGCGCCUCCGGGUGGCCUUCAACCGCGAGACCAACUUUAUACUAUCACCUGAAUAUCAGCAGCAGCAGCAACAGCAGCAACAACAACAACAACAUAUACGACAAUUAGGACCGCCCACUACGCAACAGCAGCAUCACCCAGUCCCACACAUCGACAAUCACAACAACAUCCGCCAAGAACCCAUACUGCAGUCUCUCCACACCCCUGAAAUUCACAUGUCAGAGCCCAUCAAUAACAACACCUCUGCUUUCACAUCUAACGCCUCACCCGUAGAAAGCCCCGCUCUGGAACCUACUGCCAUCCUUCAUGAUCUCGAAUAUAUGAAACCGAGCGUAUAUCGCGAGAACAGCGGCUUUGAUGGCGAGGCUGCUCAAGCGAGAUUUUUUGCUCGCCAGAUUUCUUCGAGAAGGCUGGAUAGUCCGGUGAGGAGGAGGAGGAUGCCGAUGAAGAGGGAGAAGGAGGGACUUGGAGAGAGGAGAGGAUGUGAAGAAGAUGGGAAUCUGGGAUCGUCAGCUUUUGGUGCUGGCGAGGUUGUAGAGGAUGAUUAUGAUAACGGCAACGAUGCUGCUGCUGUUGCUGAUGAUAGGCGAGGAAGGAGAAGAAGAAGAAUAGGCAGUGAGAUUGGUCAGGAUAUGAUGGUAGACGGGUAA